AUGAGACUUUUAUACAAGGAUAAUCCGAGAACCUUGGUGGUAUUUUCAAAUACCUAUAGUUUAACCUUUCGGACCAAUUUGAAACAGACUCAGCUACCGAAACCUACAGUUAACCUCGAACUAGUCCCCAAUACAAGCAUUACUUCAGAUGAAGAGUUCAAGCCGUUGCUCAAAAAGGACAUUUACGGGUGUCUUGGGUUGAUGUAUGUCGAGAAGCAAAUCUUUUUAGCAGUGAUAACCUCAGCUCGAAAAGGUGUCGCUUCUCCAAUACAGGGAGAAACAGUAGAUAAUAUCCAGUCGGUUGAAUUCAUCUCGUUGAACAACAAUGAAUGGGACUUUGUUGAAUUGGACUCACAGGGGUAUCCGAUCCUUUCACCAGAAGAGAUGGAAGAGGAUAAGUUUACUCGGACGCAGCAUCCUUGUAUCGAGUACAAAAAAUUGCUAUCCAAUAGGUCAUUCUACUACUCAAACGAUUUCGAUUUAACUUCAACAUUGCAAAGUCGAGGCGUGGAAGAUACUCUCGAUACUAUUGGGCAUUAUCAACCACAAUACAUGUGGAAUUCCUUUCUAAUAGAUGAUAUGAUCAAAUUCAGAUCAAACUUGGACAGACAUAACCAAUUGAUAUUAGAUGAUAAUAGGUUUUUAACUAUGGUGAUUAGGGGGUUCGCCAAAAGUAUGAAUACAAGAGAAGGAAAUGAUGACAGAAUUUCAAUUAUAUCCAAGCAAUCUUGGAAAAGAGCCGGCACAAGAUACAACACUAGAGGUAUUGAUGAUAAUGGCAAUGUAGCCAACUUUGUUGAAACCGAAUUCAUAUAUUAUAAUCCAUCUAAAUCCUCAGUAUACACUUAUACUCAAGUAAGAGGCUCAGUACCAACUUUUUGGGAACAAGAUUCAAGCUUGAUAAAUCCCAAGGUAACACUCACAAGAUCUUUAGAGGCCACCCAACCAGUGUUCAACAAACAUUUUUCAGAUAUUUGCAAAUCUUAUGGCGUUUGUCAUAUUAUUGACCUUUUGUCCAAAACCAAAUCUGCCGAGAUUCAACUAUCCAAUAGGUACAGGCAAUUAUAUCAACAUUGCAAUCUUAGGGAAGAAAUCGAGUAUACCGACUUUGAUUUCCACCAAGAAACAAAAGCGGCCGGUGGAUUUGAUGGCGCAACAAAGAUUCUUCGUUCCAUUCGUGAGUCAAUGCAUCAGUUUGGGUUUUUUUCGUACGAUUUAGAACAAAAUCAAGUAAUCACGCGUCAAGAUGGCGUGUUUCGAGUAAAUUGUUUGGAUUGUCUUGACCGUACAAAUGUAAUUGAGCAAGUGAUAUCAAGAACUGUACUUGAUAUUAUUUUGAAAAGCCAAUUAGGAAAUGGGGGGAAUGAAAACUCAAUCCGCAGCAACUCUAUUAAACAAUUGCAUAAUUCGUUAUGGGCAGAUAAUGGCGACGCGAUAUCGCAGAUAUACACCGGUACAAACGCUUUAAAGUCGUCGUUUUCAAGAUCUGGAAAGAUGAAUAUUGCUGGAGCUUUAUCUGAUGUAACAAAAUCGGUAUCUAGGAUGUAUCAAAAUACAUUUGUUGAUGAUAAAAAGCAAUCGACAAUAGAUUCAUUGUUGGGAGUUGCAGGGCCACUUUCCAAAAAAGUCAAAAUUUAUGACCCCGCAAGCGAAUUUGUUACCUAUGGAUUAAAACAACAAUCCCAUGUCUUUUCCACUAGUAAAAAAAUCCAAAUAUUCACAGGCACUUACAAUGUCAAUGCUUUGGAACCAACAAACUCAAUCGAUCUAACUCCGUGGUUGUUCCCACCAGAAAAUAAGACAUUGCCAGAUAUCUACGCCAUUGGAUUUCAAGAGUUGAUUGAGCUCAAUGCCGGGUCAAUUAUAAACUCCGAUGCAUCUAAGCCUAGGAGAUGGGCCGCCAUUUUGAAUGAACAACUUAACUCGCAAAAAGAGCAAUAUGCGCUUUUAAGAACAGAGAGCAUAGCUUCGAUGUCAUUGUUUUUAUUUGUCAAGAAAUCAGCAGUUGAACAUGUAACUAGGGUUUCUGGAUCCUUUAAGAAAACGGGGUUGGGAGGCAUUGCAGCAAACAAAGGUGCAUGUGCGGUGAGAUUUGAGUUUGGUGCUACUUCCUUUGCAUUGGUGACGUCGCAUUUGGCAGCCGGGACUACUGCAGUUUUAGAGAGAUUCAAUGAAUAUACUACGAUAAUGCAGGGAUUAGUAUUUACGAGAAACUACUCUCUUCAAGACCAUGAUCACGUCAUUUGGUUUGGAGAUUUGAAUUACAGAUUAAAUUUACCAAACUAUCAAUGCCGAGAGUUGAUCGAAGAAGGGGCAAUUGAUGAGAUGAUGCAGAGUGAUCAAUUGAAAGAGGAACUAAAAUCAAAAGGGGCCUUUGGUGAGUUUAGUGAAGGAGUUGUUAAGUUCAUGCCAACUUAUAAAUUUGAUAAGGGGACUUCGGAUUAUGACACAUCUGAAAAGCAAAGAGUUCCAUCAUGGACCGACCGUAUUUUGUACCUUAGUGCCAAAAAGAAGAGAAACGAUUUGGAGCAGAUAAACUACAAUGCAGUUCCGGAUAUGUUUUUAAGUGAUCACAAGCCGGUGUAUUCCACUUUUCAAGUAACCGUUGAGUUUGUCGAUAAGGAAAAGAAGGGCGAAAUUGCGAAGGAGUUGUACACUUCGUAUAGAAAAGAGCAUGGUAAUUUAUCUGACUUGGUUUCACUACACAGUUCUUCGUCAACUCCCACCAUAUCAUCAAAAACUAGCGAGAGCAAUUUCACUAGUGAUACUUUGAACGAUGUUGAUUUGUUGGACCAUUUUGACGUCGAAGCCCCAAGUUUGCCAUCGAGGCCACAUCCCAACAGUAGCGCGCCAAGAAGAGUACCACUUCCUCCAGCAGCUAGAAAAGUGAUAGCCAAUGUUCAACCAUUGCCACGAAAAUUGCCCCCGGCUCCUCAAUCAUAUCUGAUACUAGAAGAUAACAAUUCCAAACUUCCAACUCGAAAUUUACCACCACCUGCACCUCCUCAAUCAUAUUUCAGUUUAGAAAAUACAAACUCAACGCUGAAGGUGUCAAGUAUAGAGCCAUCAUCAGUGAGAGUACCAAUUGGAUUUUCAGCAUCUCCCUUGAUACCUACUAGUAAAUCAAAUCUGAACACAUCUUCACCUAUUGCGUCACCUGUGCCAAAAGUGAACAACAAGGCACCAGAGACUAAACCGAUAAUUCCUUUGAAACCCUCAGCGUUGUCACUGACCAAGUUAAAGACAAUUGAAAAUAGCAAAGAGGAAUCAGAGAAACCAAGGAGUAAUACACCUACUCCGCCAGCUCCGCCUGCGGUUAGAAGUACUAGUUUGAUGACUAUGGCAGAUUGGAAACCAUUAGUCCCCAAGUAG